UACACUUCUUUGGCACCUAGUUAUCCGAACGGUAGAAAAUAUUCAGAGUGAAAUUCAUUAUGAACCAAAUAACUAUAUUUCUCAUCUUUGGUUUCGUAGUGCUAACUUAUGUAGAAUGUUAUAAUGGAUUUUAUGGUAAUAUUCCUUACUCAGAGUAUGAUGAUAAUGUUCCUUACGUAGAAUCAAAUGGUCCCAGUUUGCGCAAUCAUUACGGGCUUAGAGCAAGUUCUCAUGAUAAGUGUGGGGUUCUUUUAACUAUGUCCCCAGAAGAAGAAAACGCUUUAAAUAUAGUAUUCAGCGUCUCAAGUGAGCAAGCAUAUGAAUUCUGCAUAGCCUUCUUUGAGUGUUCAGAUCGGUAUGAAAACUUAGAGGAAAAACAAUUUCUUUCGUGCAAAGACGAAGCUUGUAAAGUUAUUCAUGGAAAUGGGUGGAUUUGGGAUCAUGAAGCAUUUCAUUGUGCAGUGAAAGAGGAAAUGAAAUCAGAACCAAAACCGGAACCUCUGCCCCAAUCCGAAGUCGUGCGCAGCUAUUAUCCAUAUUUUUAUUAA